ACAUUAACAGCAGGGUCAUCUCUCACUCGGUUUUCCAAUAACUCCUUGUCCUCUCCUUCGCCUUCUGGCUUCUAAGUUUACAGACGCAAAGCCGUGCGUAGCUUUCAAGCAAUCGAGAAACUGAGAAUCUUCUCUAUCUAAGCAAUUCUACAGAGAGAGAGAAGCAGAAGGAGAUGCUGCGCUCGUGUUACAGACCACUGGAGCGAUGCUUCGGCCGAAGAGGAGGGGACGGACUUCUCUGGCACAUGGACUUGAAACCGCAUGCCUCCGGUGACUUCUCGAUCGCAGUCGUUCAAGCUAACUCAUCCCUUGAAGAUCAAAGCCAAGUUUUUACCUCUCCUUUCGCCACUUACGUUGGCGUCUACGACGGCCACGGUGGCCCCGAAGCCUCUCGCUUCAUCAACGGCCACCUCUUUCCUCAUCUUCAAAAGUUUGCCACGGAACAAGGAGGAUUAUCCGCGGAUGUCAUAAAGAAAGCGUUUGAUGCCACCGAGGAGGAAUUCUUGCAUCUGGUGAAGCGUUCGUGGCCGGCCCGUCCGCAGAUCGCGUCGGUGGGGUCGUGCUGUUUGGUUGGGGCCAUCUCCAAUGAUGUUCUGUAUGUUGCCAAUCUUGGGGACUCUAGGGCCGUUCUUGGGCGAAGGGCAUCCGAGGGGCGGAAGAUCCCCGUCGUGGCGGAACGCUUGUCCACCGAUCACAAUGUGGCAGUUGAGGAGGUGAGAAAGGAGGUCGAGGCGCUCCAUCCUGAUGAUUCUCAUAUCGUGGUUAACAGUCGUGGAGUUUGGCGAAUUAAGGGCAUAAUUCAGGUCUCUAGAUCUAUUGGGGACAUCUAUCUCAAAAAACCUGAGUUCAAUAGGGACCCCCUUUUCCAGCAAUUUGGAUUUCCAGUCCCUCUUAAACGACCAGUGAUGACAGCGGAACCCUCAAUCCAGAUUAGAAAGCUAAAGCCACAUGACUUAUUCUUGAUUUUCGCAUCAGAUGGAUUGUGGGAGCAUCUAAGUGAUGAAGCAGCCGUAGAAAUUGUGUUCAACAACCCAAGAGCUGGAAUAGCAAAGCGAUUAGUGAGUGCUGCCCUUCAGGAGGCUGCAAGGAAGAGGGAGAUGAGAUAUGAUGACAUUAUGAGGAUAGAGAAAGGAGUCAGACGGCAUUUCCAUGAUGAUAUCACUGUGAUCGUGAUUUAUAUUGAUCACAUUCAAGGCUCUUCUAGUGGUAGAUUCAAGAACAGUACUGUUGAUUGCACCUCUGCUCCAGUUGACAUCUUCUCUCUCAACACAGAUGACGCAGAAGAAGAGCACAUCCACACUUUAUCUUGAGCGAUCCUGUCAAGCUGAAGGAUGCACACCGAGUUACUGACCAGUUGCCUUUGCAAAUUUAUUAAACAAAAAAAGAUCAAUAAUUCAAAAGAUACAAGCAUGUAAAUUUUAUAAAUAGGAACCAUGGGUGUCCAAGGCGGGACGAAGACAGAAGUCCAAUAAGAAACAAUACAGUUAGGGAUGGUGUACAUAAACAGAGUCGGGGAGAGAUUGGUGAUAAAUCCAAGCUGCCAUGUGACUUUCCAAAUCUCAGUUCUGAGUUCCAACCUCAGUUCCAGGAUUUGUUCAGGUUCUUGGUAGCAGUCAUUUGGAGCAGUUUUCUUCCGUUUUUGAGUGAAGGGGGGAAGAGUGGCAGUACUGCAGUAGGCAUGAACUGUUCAAAGAGUUGACUUUUGUAUUCUUUUCAUUUACUUAGAUUGUUGUUACUAUGAAAUUUUGAUUUUUUGUGAUUGUUCACAUUGC